GUGGGCGGGCAGGUGGAUUUCCACGGCAUGCCAGGUGGCAGCAGCACGCCCGCGUGGACGAAGCUGACAGCGACAGCUCAGCCCAACGACCUGGUGAUAACAGUGCAGGAUGACGUCAGCGCGUGGCCUCUGGACGCCUUCGUUGUUGUCACAUCCACCGACUAUUUCCCGGACCAGGCCGAGGUCGUGGGGAUUAUCGAUGUGGUGGCCCUUCCUUCGGGCGGCUCGAAGAUAUUUUUGGAAAAGCCGCUGCGCCUGAUGCAUUUCGGAGAUCCCAAGGGCAUCCCCGACGGCUGGGGCGGCUUCGUGGACCAACGAGCGGAAGUGGCUCUGCUCAACCGCACCAUCGCCAUCACGGGAACAGACGAGCCCGCGCCGUACCACCGCGAGGGCGGGCACUUCAUGAUUUUUAUGAGCAGCACGCAGCAGUUCAUUGAAGGGGUGGAGUUUGCGCAGAUGGGGCAGCAGGGCAAGCUGGGGCGGUAUAAUAUUCACUUUCACGUGUGCGGAGAUGAUGGCGGACGGAGCGUUGUGCGCAAGAACGUGAUGCAUGACAGCAAGCAGCGCUGUGUGGUGGUGCACACGACCUUCAAUCUCACCGUAGAGGAGAACGUGGCAUACCACACGAGGGGGCACUGCUUCAUGGUGGAGGAAGGGGGGGAGACCGGCAACACCUUCCUGCGCAACCUUGGCAUCUGGACUCGCGCAGUGGAGGUGCUCAUCCCACUCUCGUCCGACCCCACCAAGACCGAGGAAACAGAUGACAACCCGUCCACGUUUUGGAUCACCAACCCCAACAACAACCUCAUUGGGAACGUGGCUGCUGGCUCUGAGAACUCGGGCUAUUGGAUGGAGCUGAGGGACAGGGUGCGCGGCUUCACGCUCUCCUACCCCGGGCUCAACGCCACAGUCCCCGCCAACGGCCCCUUUGGCAUCUACCGGGAUAACGUGGCUCACAGCAACAGAGGGCCGGGGUGGAGGACGUAUCCCAAGGGGGUGCGACCCAGGCAGACUUGGUCGCUGGACUCUCCCAUCCCUCAGUGGCAGUGGAAGCCGUCUACAGGCACCAUCAGCGGGCUGUUGCUCUACAAGCAAUCCGGAGACGGUCUGUUCGUGCACAAUUCAGAUGGGCUCAUCAUCACCAACAGCACCUUUGCUGACAACCGGCAGGGGGUGAACCUGCUGGGCAACACGGGCGUGAAGGUAGCAGACAGCCGGUUCAUUGGGGUGACCCCCAACUAUGGCAACCCACGCAUGUGUGACUCCACGCCGCAGAUGUGUGGGCCUGUCACUGGCUGCGAUUUCCCCCUGGCACCAGGGCAGCAGGGGCGGUCACAGGGGUGGUCGCACUGGAAGAACCCCAUCUUCGGCAUCAUCAUCGACCAGCCCACCUUCGGAUUCGACUUCGCCCGCGCCCAUGCCAUCUCCAACUGCCGGUUCCACGCGUUUGACAGCACGUGCCGCCUAGCUGCUGCCAUCGGCACGGGCAUCAACGGAGCUCCCAAGGACACAUGGGCCACGGCCACCAGCGUGCAGGCUGUGACAGGCACGCCAGGCACCAACAUGCUUUACUUCCCGCCCCGCAACUUCACCUUUCCCGGAGGAGACGUGAACAUGGGAGGAGAGGCAACGGACCUCUACACCUUGUGGGACAAAGACGGCUCUCUCCUCAACUCCUCUUCAGGAGGCUACCUACUCGCCAACAACACCGCUCUGCUGGCCCCCACCAAGCGCUUCCCCGCGUGCCAGCCCGUGUCCUCUUGGAACGCCUAUGCGUGCCCUUGCACGUGCUAUCGCACCGUCAUGUUCUCUUAUCUGGAGCCGGGGUUUACUGUGUAUGACAACAGCAGCGUGCCCGACAUACGCAAGAGAGGCGACUUCAGCUACCUCUCAAUCCGCCGCAUAGAGGACGACACAGUGAUCACAGUGGACGGCAAUCUGCGGUCUUUUGGCAACAUGUGGGCGGCGGGGCAGCGAAUCUUCGUGGUGCCCCUGCUGGCGAACGCCACGUACGAGGUCAACAUAGGGUUACCGAGCAACAAUCGCGCCUUCUUCCCCAGCAACAUCACGGUGCAAGUGCGCGACAGCAACGGGUGUGGUGGGCCGGUCACUCUGAGGAUUCCGGCGAAGCAGAGCAACCAGUGGAUGAUUAAUGAGGAGCAGGACGUCAACUGGAAGACCUGCGCUGGCACAUCAGACAAAGCAGCGGUGCAGUUUUCAUUCGUGUGCUUCAAGUUCAAGCCCACCGUUGAGCUCUCCUUCGACGGCACCUCCUCCAAGCCCAUUGUGCUCCGCGCCUCCCCCGACCCCGUCACUGGCUGUCGCCUCCCCUAUCGCUGUGGGCUCAUAGCACCAGGGUCAACAUGGGCGUACGACGUGAGUGGCAGGGAGCUGCAUGCAGCAAUCUCGGGCGCCAUGGGCUUCAGCUCUCCGCGCUUCAACGACGCCUCCUGGCCCCGCGGCCCGGCCAUCAUUGGCUAUGCUGGAUGGCGGUGGGGAGGCAUCAACACGUGGACUCCACCCUCAGGAGAUGCGCUCCCCACCUUCUACUACCGGCGGCCGUUCCGAGUGGCCAACAGCGCCUGUGCCACGGGGCUGUAUGUGGACGUGAUAGUGAAUGACGGCGUGCUGCUGUACCUGAAUGGGGUCGAGAUGCUGCGAGUCAACAUGGCUCCUGGCGCUGUCAACGUGUCGUCACGGGCCCUAUCAAACAAGGACCUGUGGGACUACACGUCCUUCUUCAUUCCUCUCAACGCCACAGCACCCUUCUCUCUGGCGGAGGGCACCAACCACAUUGCCGCCGAAUCACACGCUGCCAUCUGGACCACUGAGAACUUCUUUGACCUCAAGCUGUCCGCUCAGAUGGAUAGUGCAACGUGCAGCGGAGUGCUGAUACUGCAGGAGGUGUGCGAUGGGCUCGACAACAACAACGACGGCAAGAUCGACAUAGAUCCGCUCACGGACCGCCCUCUCACCCGCCCGUGCCGCAACCCUUGUGGGGCAGGAAUAGAGACGUGCAUCGAUGGAGCGUACCAGAACUGCACUGCUCCCGUGCACGGGCCUGAAGUCUGCAACGGGGUGGACGACAACUGUGACGGUCUCAUCGACAACUCUGCCUCCCCAACCACUCCCCAACUCGACUGCGCGAACGGCUCACUGUGCUUCAAGGGGCAGUGCCUGCCGUACGGCCCUCUCACCACACCCGUUACAGUGGUCAACAAGAGCGCUGCUGGGUGGCUCUACUAUGAUAAGGGGUACCUGCCCCAGUCCUACCCCACCUGGAGCACCAACAGCAACGUGCCUGCUCGUCUACUCAAGGAGGGAGCAGCACCGUUUGGCUACAACUCAGCAUCACCCACGGCCACCAACCUCUCACAGCUCACCAGUGGCGACUCCGCCUACUUCUUUCUCAAGAGCUUUGCGCUAACGGAGGAGGACGUCAACAACACCUGGAGCUACUCCGCAUCUGUCCAGAGGGAUGACGGUGCUGUCCUCCUGAUGAACGGAGCCGAGUUCUUCCGAACCAACAUGCCGGCUGGCCCUGUUACCUCCGCCACCUUUGCUGUGACUGGCACGUGGGGGGCCGACAAGACCACCUUCUUCAACAGCACGCCCUUCCGAUCCAUCGCGCAGUUCCUGCAGGCACUGCCCCCUGCAGGGAAUGCUGUUAGUGCUGGGAAUGCCAUCAGUGCGGGCGGGGCAUUCCGUGUGCAGCAAAUGAAGGUUCUAGAUCUGGACUUUCCAAGCAUUGGUGCCAAUGCUCUCCGUGCCCAUCUGCACCAGUCGUGCUGGUCAAGCGAUGCCCUCUUAGACCUCCAACUCACCCCCCACGCCAAGCGCCCCUGCUCCCUCCCUUCAUGUGGUGCCUGUUCUGCCUCCCAUCCCAUCCCAUCCAACCAGCCCGGCACCAACUGGGUGGGAGUGCAGCUGCACCAGUCACGCUGGUCCAGAGAUGCUCUCAUGGACCUUGAGAUCACCCGCCGUGCCAUGCUUCCUUGCUCCCUUCCCUCACGCCCCACACCCUCUCUUCCUGCUCUGUCUGCUGUUCCUCCUAUCCCACACCAGCCCGGAACCAACUGGGUGGGCGUGCAGCUGCACCAGUCGCGCUGGUCCAGAGAUGCUCUCAUGGACCUUGAGAUCACCCGCCGUGCCAUGCUUCCUUGCUCCCUUCCCUCACGCCCCACACCCUCUCUUCCUGCUCUGUCUGCUGUUCCUCCUAUCCCACACCAGCCCGGAACCAACUGGGUGGGCGUGCAGCUGCACCAGUCGCGCUGGUCCAGAGAUGCUCUCAUGGACCUUGAGAUCACCCGCCGUGCCAUGCUUCCUUGCUCCCUUCCCUCACGCCCCACACCCUCUCUUCCUGCUCUGUCUGCUGUUCCUCCUAUCCCACACCAGCCCGGAACCAACUGGGUGGGCGUGCAGCUGCACCAGUCGCGCUGGUCCAGAGAUGCUCUCAUGGACCUUGAGAUCACCCGCCGUGCCAUGCUUCCUUGCUCCCUUCCCUCACGCCCCACACCCUCUCUUCCUGCUCUGUCUGCUGUUCCUCCUAUCCCACACCAGCCCGGAACCAACUGGGUGGGCGUGCAGCUGCACCAGUCGCGCUGGUCCAGAGAUGCUCUCAUGGACCUUGAGAUCACCCGCCGUGCCAUGCUUCCUUGCUCCCUUCCCUCACGCCCCACACCCUCUCUUCCUGCUCUGUCUGCUGUUCCUCCUAUCCCACACCAGCCCGGAACCAACUGGGUGGGCGUGCAGCUGCACCAGUCGCGCUGGUCCAGAGAUGCUCUCAUGGACCUUGAGAUCACCCGCCGUGCCAUGCUUCCUUGCUCCCUUCCCUCACGCCCCACACCCUCUCUUCCUGCUCUGUCUGCUGUUCCUCCUAUCCCACACCAGCCCGGAACCAACUGGGUGGGCGUGCAGCUGCACCAGUCGCGCUGGUCCAGAGAUGCUCUCAUGGACCUUGAGAUCACCCGCCGUGCCAUGCUUCCUUGCUCCCUUCCCUCACGCCCCACACCCUCUCUUCCUGCUCUGUCUGCUGUUCCUCCUAUCCCACACCAGCCCGGAACCAACUGGGUGGGAGUGCAGCUGCACCAGUCGCGCUGGUCCAGCGACGCUCUCUUUGACAUCGAGCUCACCCGCCACGCCAUGCGCCCCUGCUCUGCUCUCGACGGCUCUCCCUCUGCUUGCGUGCGCACGCCCCCGGCGGACACUCUGCUGCUCGCGCAAGGGUCAACGUGGGCCUACAACGAUGCCUCCCAGCCACCGCCCAACCCUGACACCUGGUUCCUGCCCUCCUUCGACGACUCUGCAUGGCCCAGAGGCCCUGCACCCCUAGCAGCGGGCAACAGCAGGGCGGGCACCAACCUCACCCUCAACAGCACCACCAGCGGCACUCGCGUGGCACACUACUUCCGCCGCACCUUCACUGUCACGGAUGCUGCCUGCCACGUGGCCCUCACCGUCUCCUUCAACAUCGCUGACGGCGCUGUGGUGUACCUGAACGGCGUCGAGGCAUACCGCUUCCAGAUGCCACCCCCCUCAUGGGGCCCGGUCACGCCGGCCACCACCGCCACGAACGGCUAUGUGUGGCGGUGGGUGCCGUCUGUUCUGUCGGGCGGGUGGCUGCAGCAGGGGGCGAAUGUGAUAGCGGUGGAGGUGCAUCAGCAGAAGAGCACCAACACUCUGCUCACGUUCGACGUGCAGGUUACCAGUAAGAGAGAAGCCGUUGCGUGCACCCCUGCCCCGCAGUAA